ACAAAGUGCUGCUUGUAUCUCAUUUGGAAUUUGAUCUUAGUUUUGGAGCGAUUUUUAUGUAAAUGUAACGUAAAUAUAAUCAAGAAUAUGAUGUUAAAUCAUUAAACAAGACUAAACUGAAGUAUGGACUUCAACAAGCGUAAACUUCCGAGUUUGUACAACAAAAACGAACGCACAGUGCAGACGUCGAUAAGCAAGUUCUUUGAACCAAAAUCCGCAGCCUCGAAAACUGGUUCAUCCAUUAAUUCUUCUGCGAAACCCGUCGCAAAAGUUCGACCCCAUGGAGAAGUUCAGUUGCCAAAGUCAAAAUCGCCUUUUGAUGACGAAGAUGAUGAUAUUUUUGAAUUGCCUGUGCAGCGUGAAGUGAGAGGCGUCAAAAAUGUUUUAGAUUUUCGAAAUGGACAAAAUGCCCAGAAGUCUAGUACUAGUAGUGGUAUUAGUGGAGCAAAAAUGGCCCAACGAGGGCACAUUGCUGCUGCUCCGAAGAAAAAUAAAGAAAACCCCUUCUUAUCAUCAAGCAGCGACGAGGAAGCAACAGAUUUUGAUCCUGCCCUUGUGAUCCAAGAUGCAACGAGUGACGAAUCUCCAUCCAAGUCUCCUGUGAUAGAGAGGCGAAAUCCAAUGUCUCUAAGUCAAGCUCGUAAACCUUUGUUCAUUCCUCGGCAGCCUGUAGCCAGCACCGCCAAAUUUGUUGACGUGAAAACGGUAAAACCAGGGCAACGCAAAGAGGAACCACAAUUUGAAGAAGAGGAUUUUGAUGACAUUUGGGAUGAUGUGCCUAAAUUCAAAGUGAAAGAGCCAAGCAAAAAGUUUGCCCCAGUGAACUCAACUGGCAAUGCUGAAUUUGAGCUCAAGAAGCCUUCCAUGUUACAAAAGAAGCAGGAGCUGGUCAAAAGCGUUUUGCUAGGCAGCGAAAAGCCAAAUAGAAAUUCCAUCAAAACUGAAGAACUCUAUUUGAAAAAUUCCAACGUCAUGAAAAGCAUGCCAAAAGCUGUUUCCGAAAAUGAUUUACGACCUUCCAAAUUUUCAACCAAAGAGGGUGGAGAUUUAGCACCAAAAACCAAGGCUCCAAAACCUCUAGUGGAAGCUGCUAGAAGUUUUCAGAAGACAAGAAGUGAAACCAACGUAGAAUCUGCUGGAAGCUUCCAAAAGACAAGUAGCGUUACCAACGAUUUCUUCAAUUUUGACACGGACUUGCUCCUGCCCGAUGAUGACGAUGAUUUCGUUGAUGUUACACCUGUUUCAAAAAAGACUGCUCCUUCAACCUCUACUUGUAAUAUUCCUAAACCACCUGCAGAUGUUAUUCCAGAAUCAAAAUUAGUCAUGUUUGAGAAUGACGUCAACAAAUGGGCUGCCAGUGUGGAUCUUUUAAAGUCAAACCCAGAUGAUGACCAAUGGACACUUUUAGAGACAAAGAAAAAGUUGCAGAGUGUGUACAACGAAUUCCCAGACCUGUGCAUUAUGAUGCUCUCGCUUGACCUAAAGGAAAUCAAACCGACAACAGUUUUUAAAAUGAGGAUUACUGCUCAGCGGGCCAAAGCUAAAAUUAUAUUGUUAGAAAAGAAGCUGGCAAGUUUUUCUCAAGAAGAUGUCAUUCCAAUCUCUGCAGCGCCCAAAGAGCAAUCAACUUUUGUAACUCCUCCACGUAGGGAAAGUAACCAGAACACAAGUGGCCAUGCAUCCUCCUCAACUAGUGGCUACAUGUCUGCCAAUAGAAAUGAUUUUUCUGAGGGCUUCCAGGACAACCGGAACUUUGAUUAUCAGAGUAAUGGAGGUUCUGCCCUACAACCAUCUACGAAGCCACCAGAAGAAAUAGAUCUGAUGUCUGCAAUCUUCCACAAGCAGUCACCUGCGUCUCAGAAAAAGCUUUCUCUAAACAAGGGUCAGUUUCAUGGGCGGCUGAAAAAUGAUGCGGACAAUCCUUCUUUCCAAGGUUUCAACCACUCCUUCAGUGAUCAAAUGAAAAGACUUUUCAAAGAGAAGUUUGGCUUGUCCACAUUCCGCACAAAUCAGCUCCAAGCAAUCAAUGCUGCUCUUCUCAAUCAUAACUGCUUCGUUUUGAUGCCUACCGGAGGAGGCAAGUCACUCUGCUACUAACUUCCUGCCCUUGUAACUGGUGGAGUGACUAUCGUUGUUUCUCCAUUAAAGUCCCUCAUCCAAGACCAAGUCAACAAGCUCAACACUCUUGGGAUUUCUGCUGCUCACCUCUCAGGGGAUUUGAACUCCGACAAGCACAAUUCUAUUUAUAACCAACUCAGCUGUAAUAAUCCUGGUA